AUGGCACUGCUACUGGUAACCUCACUACUGACGACGAUGUUGCUGCUGUGCGUGACUGGAGCUGCACUUGAAGGUGACCAAGUCAACGUAAACCAACCGAUGAUGCUGCUUCCGGAAUUGAUAUCCAGCGUACUGAUGAGUUACUUUAGGCAUCCCUACCAACCGGUACAGUUCUAUCUGGCAGCAAAUGAUGCGGUUCAUCAACGGGUACAGUGGGAUGUAUUGAAUAUGGUGCUCCGCUACACAAGUGGACACUGCACGGUGGCUUUUGCGAACUUUGGAGAAUAUCCCGGACCAGGAACAGCGGUACAGCGGACAAAUGCCAUUCUGCUGGGACAGGACAUCGGUGCGUUUGAUCGACUGUUGGGAAGUUUCAGCACCACUGUGAAUGACUACUCCGGGCGCUAUCUGCUUGUGCUGACCACGCUCACCUCUCAGCAGAACAUCGAGUUGCGUCGGCUAUUCAAGCUUCUCUGGCUGCGCCACAUCGUGCACGUGAACGUAUUGCUAGCGACGUCAAACGGAACCGUCCGGGUGUACAGCUACGAACCGUACACACCGAACCAUUGUGCCCACCCGAUGGUGAAGCUGGUGAUGGUCUUUAGGAACGGUAGCGUCCAGAACUGGCAUCAUAACCUAUACCCUCGGCGAAGAUUAACCACUCUCCAUAACUGCACGCUGCAGGUUGGUUCGUUCGAAGCGAAACCGUACACCAUUUUCCAGCGUAAAGUAGACGGCUAUUUGGAGCUCGGUGGGUUCGAAGGUGAUCUGCUCCGUCUGCUUGCCCACCGUUUGCAGUUUCGCGUGAACGUGACCGAGUCACCGCAUCAGGUGCAGUGGGGUGUAAUAGGGCCACCCGGUAACAGUACCGGCACGAUGCAGCUGGUGCAGGAUGAGCUGGUCGAUUUGGUGAUUGCCUGCAUGGCGUUGGACGUAACGAGGUCGUUCUACCUGAAAGCGGGUAUUGCUCACUAUACGUCCCGCAUCCUGUUUGCCGUACCGCAGGGUCGUCCGUACAGUGCGUUCGAGAAGCUGUUCCGCCCCUUCGGGACCGAUGUUUGGGCAGCUUUGGGUGUAACGUUGGGUGUUGUCGCGACCGUCGUUGGGUUGCUCAGUUGUGGCCGGAGUGCCCGUGCGUGGCGUGGGUUUGUGUAUGGGUCAUCGGGACGUAUGCCAUUGUUGACGGCACUAUACCUGCUGUGGGGCGGUGUGGUGGUAGUCGUACCGAGACGUAACUUUGCCCGUUUGCUGCUUUGCCUUUGGCUUCUUUUCACGUUCUGGUUGCGCACGGUGUACCAGGGUUCGCUCUAUCUGUAUCUGCAGCGUAGCGCCACCUAUCCACCACUCGCCACACUCGACGAGAUACAUCGGUCGACGCUUCACUAUCACAUGGUAAACAUUGCGAUGCGUUUCUUCGUCGAUCGGCCGGAGAUUAAACCGCGCGUACGCUUCGUACCAGCCGGGCAGGACACACUGGGUGCGCUGGUAGCUGGGAUGGCUAGCCGCUAUCAUGAUCGGGUCGUCGUCUGCCCGCAGGAUAUGGUCGCGUACAACAACAAGCUGUACCGACUGCAAGGUGCUGCCGAACUCGUACAGGUGACACGCGAAUCGAUUACACUCUUUCCGCUCACGAUAUACUAUCCGAAGAAAUCGUUCCUCACGCAGCUGUUCGACCGGGAGGUGAGACGCAUCGUGGAGAGCGGCCUGAUGGGCUAUUGGGUGCGCAACUACGGUGAUUAUGACUUUGAAUCGAACCGUCGAGCGCCGCAGAACACUGGGGAACCGCACAAGCUUACUCUCGAGCACAUGGAAGGGGCUUAUCAACUGCUGGUCGCUAGCCAUCUACUGGCAACGGUGGUGUUCCUGUUCGAGCUAGCAUCAUUGCGUUCACCACUGUUGCGGCGCGUGUUGGAGUUUUGUAUGGAUUAG